AUGCGAGAUAACUCUAAAGAAAUGUUCAUUAUCAGAGCUUUGGAAAAGAUCCUGGCUGACCGGGAUGUCAAACGGUCGCACCUUUCUCAACUUAGAAAAUCCUGUGAAACUGCACUUGAUAACUUACGAAAUGAGAUCAAAGAAGGCUCUAAUACUCAGGUCUCAACUGCUUUGCCACAACCACGCAGCGAUUCAUAUGUUAUUUCUGCAGAAAAAUAUUUUCUGCCAUUUGAAUUGGCUUGUCAGAGCAAGUCACCAAGAAUUGUGGUUACUGCUCUAGAUUGUUUGCAAAAAUUAAUUGCAUAUGGACAUCUUACAGGAAAUAUACCUGAUUCUACAGAGCCAAAUAAAUUAUUGAUUGUUCGCAUUGUUGAGACAAUAUGCGGAUGUUUCAUGGGGCCACAAACAGAUGAAGGAGUUCAAUUGCAGAUUAUAAAAGCUCUUCUUACAGUAAUGACCAGUCAACAUGUAGAAGUUCAUGAAGGUACUGUUUUGCUUACUAUACGUACAGUGUAUAGUGUUUACUUGGCUUCAAGGAAUCUAGUAAAUCAAACUACUGCUCGAGCUACACUCACUCAAAUGAUUAAUGUUAUUUUUGCACGUAUGGAAACACAGGCAGAGGAAGAAAUAGUUCGAACUGAAGUAGAAUCUGAAACAAGCAAUAUGAAUUCUACUAAUUGUAAUUCCGGUGGUGAUAUUGAAACUGAAACAGUGAAUCAUGAAGAAUCAUCUAUAGAGAAUAAUCAAGAACCACAAUUGAUAGUUCGAGGAAUUCUGGAAGAUGUCGUAAACUCCAUUAUUCCUGAAGAUUCAACAAAUACAACUAUAAUAACAUCAGAAGAAACCAGUUUAGAUCAAGUGCCUAUAGACGAAAAUUCUGAUGAAGCUGUUGCAGAGAAUGACAAUAUGGUUCGGGCAAAAUUCACGCAUGUAUUGCAAAAAGAUGCUUUUUUGGUUUUUAGAGCUCUUUGCAAACUUUCAAUGAAACCACUUCCUGAUGGCACUCCAGAUCCCAAGUCUCAUCAAUUAAGAUCAAAGAUUCUUUCCUUACAAUUGCUUCUUGGUAUACUACAAAAUGCUGGGCCAGUAUUGCGUUCUAAUGAAAUGUUUGUUAUAGCCAUAAAACAAUAUCUCUGUGUGGCAUUGUCGAAAAACGGUGUCUCUUCUGUUCCUGAAGUAUUUGAGUUAUCUCUGGCAUUGUUCCUUGCACUACUGGCUCGUUUCAAAGUGCACUUAAAGAUGCAAAUAGAAGUUUUUUUUAAAGAAAUUUUCAUGAACAUUCUCGAGACUUCCAGUAGUUCCUUUGAACACAAAUGGAUGGUAAUUCAUGCUUUGACUCGCAUUUGUGCGGACGCACAGAGUGUUGUAGAUAUAUAUGUAAACUAUGAUUGCGAUUUGUCAGCUGCGAAUCUAUUUGAAAGACUUGUGAAUGACUUAUCAAAGAUUGCACAGGGUAGACAAGCUCUAGAAUUAGGUGCUUCACCUAAUCAGGAGAAAUCAAUGCGGAUCAGGGGUCUUGAAUGCUUGGUAUCAAUUUUAAAAUGUAUGGUCGAAUGGAGCAGAGAUUUGUAUGUGAAUCCUAGUGUUCCAGCUGAUCAACAAUUUCCAUCUGAGCCUCCUGAUCCUCCAGUGGAACCUCCACUUCCUCGUUAUGGAAGUGCUGGCAGUCUCUCUUCAGCAAAUUCUAGUUUAGUAGGUAAUAAAGAGAUCCCAGAUUCUCCUGAGCAAUAUGAAGUGCAAAAACAACAAAAAGAAGUCUGGGAGACUGGAAUUGACAUUUUUAAUCGAAAGCCAAGUAAAGGAGUACAAUAUCUUCAAGAACAAGGUCUCUUAGGUAAUUUAUCUGAAGAUGUUGCUCGUUGGCUUCAUAUGGACGAACGUCUUGAUAAGACCGCGAUCGGCGACUUUCUUGGCGAUCAUAAUCAUAAUCAGGUAAUGUACAGUUAUAUUGAUCAAAUGAAUUUUGCCGAUCGCGAUUUAGUUACAGCCCUCAGAUAUUUUCUCGAGGGUUUCCGAUUACCUGGUGAAGCGCAGAAGAUUGAUCGCUUAAUGGAAAAGUUUGCUAGCAGAUAUUGCGAAUGUAAUCCAAAUAAUGGAUUAUUUACAAGCGCGGAUACUGCAUAUGUAUUGGGUUUUUCAAUUAUUAUGCUAACUACCGAUCUUCAUUCACCUCAAGUAAAAAAUAAAAUGACAAAAGAACAAUACAUAAAACUAAAUCGACGUAUUAGUGACAAUGAAGAUUUGCCUGAAGAAUAUUUAUCGAAAAUUUAUGAUGAGAUUGCGGGUAAUGAAAUUAAAAUGAAAUCCAAUCCUAAUCGACCUGGUAAACAAGUAAUAUCUAGCGAAAAGAAGCGACGACUUCUAUGGAAUAUGGAAAUGGAAGUAAUUUCAACAGCAGCCAAAAAUUUAAUGGAAUCUGUUAGUCAUGUCCAAGCACCAUUCACUACGGCUAAACACUUAGAACAUGUUCGACCGAUGUUCAAAAUUGCAUGGACGCCAUUUUUAGCUGCAUUCAGUGUUGGCCUUCAAGACUGUGAUGAUCCAGAAAUUGCCUCCCUUUGUCUAGAUGGUAUUAGAUGUGCAAUACGCAUCGCUUGCAUAUUUCAUAUGACGUUAGAACGGGACGCAUAUGUGCAAGCUUUAGCACGGUUCACCUUAUUGACUGCAAAUUCACCAAUCACUGAAAUGAAAGCAAAGAAUAUUGACACAAUUAAAACUUUAAUUACUGUUGCUCACACUGAUGGCAAUUAUCUUGGUAGUUCUUGGUUGGAUGUUGUAAAGUGCAUCUCUCAACUUGAGCUUGCUCAAUUGAUUGGCACUGGAGUUAGACCACAGCUUCUUGGUCCUCCUUCAAAACCACAUUUCCCAGCACCAUUAGUGAAUUUCAAUUUAACACACAAUAAUUCUCACCAAAAUAAUAAUUUGAAUCUCAGUUCGUUAGAUCCCAGUGUAAAAGAAUCUAUAGGUGAAACAAGCUCUCAAAGUGUGGUAGUUGCUGUUGAUCGAAUAUUUACUGGUUCUACUAGAUUAGAUGGUGAUGCUAUUGUAGAAUUUGUAAAAGCUCUCUGUCAAGUUUCUUUAGAAGAAUUAUCUCAUCCAACACAACCAAGGAUGUUUUCUCUAACCAAGAUUGUAGAGAUUUCUUAUUACAAUAUGGGACGUAUUAGACUCCAGUGGUCUAGAAUUUGGCAAGUGAUAGGAGAUCAUUUUGAUAGGGUUGGCUGUAGUCCUCGUCAGGAUAUUGCCUUCUUUGCAGUUGAUUCUUUAAGACAACUUGCAACCAAAUUCAUUGAAAAAGGAGAAUUCGCUAAUUUCCGAUUUCAAAAGGAUUUUCUUAGGCCAUUUGAGCAUAUUAUGAAGAAGAACCGUUCCCCGGUAAUACGGGAUAUGGUAGUUCGUUGUGUUGCACAAAUUGUGCAUUCACAGGCUCCUAACAUUCGAUCGGGAUGGAAAAAUAUAUUCAGUGUAUUUCAUCAUGCAGCUAGUGAUAGAGAUGAAGCUGUAGUGGAGCUUGCGUUUUCUAUGACUGGAAAAAUUAUAAAUGAGUUAUAUGCUGAAGACUUUAGUAUUAUGGUUGAUUCUUUCCAAGAUGCUGUAAAGUGCCUCAGUGAAUUUGCUUGUAAUGCUUCCUUUCCAGAAACAAGCAUGGAAGCUAUAAGAUUGAUACGUUCUUGUGCAUCAUAUAUUGAUGCCAAUCCGAAUCUCUUUGCAGAGGGCAUGAUGGAUGAUAGUGGCAUGGUAUCCGAAGAAGACAGAGCUUGGGUUAGAGGGUGGUUCCCAUUGUUAUUUGAAUUAUCAUGUAUAGUAAGCAGAUGUAAAUUAGACGUUCGAACACGUGCAUUAACUGUUCUUUUCGAUGUUGUGAAAACACAUGGAGCUUCUUUCAAACCUCAUUGGUGGAAAGAUCUAUUCCAAGUUUUAUUUAGAAUCUUUGAUAAUAUGAAACUUCCUGAGCAGCAUACAGAGAAAGCAGAAUGGAUGACAACAACGUGCAAUCACGCUCUAUAUGCAAUCGUCGAUGUAUUUUCACAAUUUUACGAUAUUUUGGGACCUCUUCUCCUAGAGCAGUUAUAUUCUCAGCUACUUUGGUGUGUACAACAAGACAAUGAACAGCUGGCACGUUCUGGAACCAACUGCUUAGAAAAUUUAGUGAUUAGCAAUGGUAUAAAGUUUGAUGAACAAACGUGGGAAAAAACUUGCAGUUGUGUUCUGGACAUUUUUCAAAGUACUCUGCCAUCUGCUUUACUCACCUGGAAACCCCAAUCACCUAAUAAAGAAUCUGACUUAGAUGUAAUCACAGGAGAAGCAGAUAGUCAUAUAGGAAUCCUUAAAAGAAGUAACAGUUCUCAAAGUUUAACAAAUGGCGAGACUGUAAAGAACAAAAUUUUUUCCGCAUUAUUAAUAAAGUGUGUCGUGCAAUUAGAAUUAAUUCAGACUAUAGACAACAUUGUAUUUUAUCCAGCCACAUCGCGGAAAGAGGAUCAAGAGAACUUAGCGUUAGCACAAGCAGAUAUGUUUAAUGGAAAGUCUUCUGAAUUGGGUGCAAGGGCUGGUGCAGAUCAACAAAAGGAGGAACAGGGCAUGUAUUGUGCUCUGACUACAAUGCACUUAUUACAAUUAGUUGAAUGUUUAUUGAAGUCCCAUAGAUUUGCAAAGAGCUUUAAUUCUAAUCAUGAGCAAUGGAAUGUGUUAUGGAAGGCUGGUUUCCGGGAUAAUAUCAAACCGAAUUUGCUUAAACAAGAAACACAAUCUUUAGCAUGUGCAUUAAGAAUUCUCUUCAAAAUGUAUAGUGACGAAGCUCAUAGAGUUGAUUGGAGCAAAGUGGAAACAAGACUCGUCGAGGUAGCCUGUGAAGCAUUACAAUAUUUCUUGACACUUUCUACUGAAGCUCAUAGAGAUGCCUGGACUCCAAUACUUUUGUUACUUCUGACAAGGAUCUUAAAGAUGAAUGACAAUCGAUUUGCUGUUCAUGCAUCCAGCUGUUAUCCCUUACUUUGUGAAGUUAUGUGCUUUGAUCUCAAACCAGAAUUAAGGUCUGUGCUCCGAAGAUUUUUCUUAAGAAUUGGUCCAGUAUUCAGGAUCACACAGCAGUAAUUAUUACAAUAAAAUCGUUGUGAAAUAA